UUUCCCCUGCGUUUGGCGCCAUUUUUCAUUGUUCAUAGAAUUAAAAUCUCAAUUUCGUUAUUUAAAUUUUGAACCUACCACUAUCCACUUCAUUACUUAGUUGUACAAUUAUUUUUGAAGAACUAAUAAAAUAAGUACAUAUAUCAAAUUAUCAGUCGUUUGACAUUCAAAUUGCUCGAAUAAUUCCAAAACGAACUCUACUUAAAUUCAGUUGUUUUGGUUUGUAUUUCAUAAUUUUAAACUACUUUUCGCGUCUUUUUGUGGGAGCAAUGCAAGGCCAAGGCGAAGUCAUUUUAAAAUUCAGUCGACUUUCUGAACAUGCUUUCCCGCCAGUCAGAGGAUCGGAGAAGGCAGCUGGUUAUGACUUAAAAAGUGCAUACAACUAUACUGUACCAGCAAGGGGUAAGGAACUAAUCAAAACAGACUUGCAAAUUGAGCUGCCAUCUAAAUGCUAUGGCAGAGUUGCACCACGUUCAGGAUUGGCUGUCAAAAAUUUUAUAGAUGUUGGAGCUGGUGUCAUAGAUGAAGACUACAGAGGUAAUAUUGGGGUGGUUCUGUUCAACCAUUCUGAUCAAGAUUUUGUUGUCAAGAAGGGUGACAGAAUUGCACAGCUUAUAUGCGAGAGGAUUUAUUAUCCAACAUUGCAAGAAGUUGCUAAUUUAUCUGAAACUAACAGGGGAGAUGGAGGGUUUGGUUCAACUGGAAGCCAGUAAAUAAACAACUAUAUAUUUUUCAGUAUCAUAUUCAUAAUAAAUAUUAUAAAA